CACGCACUCACAGUUUAAUUAUGCACGCUGUGUGGUAAAUACACAAUUAAUGCAUCCAAUUCGUUAUCGCACUCUUAAUUGCCAUCAGCUCAUCAAUCAGUCCUUCCAUAACAACUCAAAUUGCAAGAUAUAAAAAGUGGGCGCUUCUGCCAUGCAAUGCUGCAGAUUAUUUUGUUUGGCUUGAGUGUUUUGUGUGACUGUCCGAGCCGUAGCGGGUACGUCAUGUACACCACCGUAAGGAAUGAAAACGCGAGCGGAACGGUUGUAGAGGGUGCGAAGAGUGAAGCUGUGGUGGUAGGAAAUGGAAGCGAAGCGGAUGCGGCGCGUACCGAUGAGGGUAAAGAUGUGGUGACGGGCGCUGCGGAGGGCGAGAAUGUGGUGCUGGUGAGCGAUGACAGCAGGGCUGUGGAGAGUGCUGGUGCCGUGUCAAGCGUGCACACCGUUCUGUUAAAGGAGGAACGCUCACAAAGCACGAAAGAAACAUCGGAUGAGAAGGAAGUGAAGGCAAGUGGCGUGUACUCCGAUAACAUACCGGACAGUAUCGCAUUUCACGUGUUUGCCAAGCGGAUUAACGCUGAGGAAACGGUCGAUAACUGUGAGAAGUACACCAGAACGAUGAGAGAAGAGAUUAGAAGACUGAAGGAGGAGCUUAGAAUGCUAAAGGAGCGAAGAAGCACGGGCACGCUUCUGCUAUCGACAGUCGAACAACCGGUAGAGGAGAGCGCAUCCGAGAUCACCAUAGUGCAGGACAACAAGAAAGUGGAGAUGCUCAAGAGCAAGAAGGAGACAUUGGAGAGAGAAUACCAAACACUGUCACAGAUACGUACGCGCUCGUUGGAGGAGCGCACCAACAUUGAAAACGAGAUCAAGAUCCGGAGAGAAGAACUCGCGGGAUUGAAGGAGCAAUACGAGCACGUGAAAGAUGAUGGCGCGUUCGAAGAGCGCAUGCUGGAGCUGGAAACGCUGUAUGAACAGAACGAAAACAGGAUAAAGCAGCUCGAGGAAGAAAUCGAAAGACUGAAAGAAGAAAAUGACAGACUGGAGAGUGAGUACAACGGAAAUGCGAGCAGGCACAUGGCAGCUUUGAAAGAACUCCAAAACGAGAUCAGAGCGAUAGAAGAUGAGAUUCAACAAUUAAUGGACAAAAUGAACGAAUUGAUAACUGAUGUGGAGGAGCAGAUGCUCGAGAUUGAGCAGGAGAUAACAAUAAUUGAGGAGCAGAUCAAAAGCACUCUGAACGAACGCAAGACGGUGGUUACGAGAGCUGCACCCAGGAAAGUGCAGGUAGUGCAACGGGCCGUGCACCCCGUAGAGGUUCAUCAUGUCAUACAUCAAGUGGAAAGACCUGUGAUAAAACCUGUGGAAAUCCAUCACGUGGUACGACCUGUGACCAAGAUGAUCAAAACGGAGCAUCGUGUGGUUAGACCGGUCGUCAAGGUGGUACGAAUUAACCCGGCCAGUGUCGUACACCGUGUUGAACGCGUAGACAAUCGUGUUGAGGCGGUUGUAAAACCGGCUGUUAAGGUACGCCGCGUACAGAACGUGCACCGUAUCGUGGAACCGGUCGUGAGGAUGCGAAGUGAACGGGUACUUCGAAGACAACCAAAAAAGGCGGUUCUUUUGAAAAAGCGUGCUGAUGAGCACACACGUGUCCGGUCUGUAGAAACACGCAGGAGCAUGCUGGUGAGACCGCAGCGGGUAUUUGUACUAAAGACGAACCAGAAGGAGGAAAAAAAAGAGAAGAGUGAAAAUAGCGAACCCGAGGAGGAGAAAAGACAGCUUUUUGGAGAGAACGGAAAUGCCAUUACAAGGAUGAGACAUGCUUUCUGGAAUAUCGGAAGGAGUGAUUAAAGAGUACUUUUAGUAGUAGAA